AUGGAACGUUGUGAAUACAUCUUGCCAAAGAAGAAGAGGAAAUGCCGAAUGCUUCGAAAGUCGGGGAAACGAUUCUGCGGAGAGCACAUGGUUCAUGAUCCGGAUAAUUUGGUAUGUUUUAUAUUAUACUUGACUUUUUUGAUAUCUAGAAAAAGAUGAGGGUCUUUGAAAAGAAAAUAUGGUUAAAAUAACACCGAUCUGAGUGAAUCCAAAUGCUUUGAAGGUUAUCUCAACAAGAUUUCCUAUUUUAGGAUCGAAUUCCUUGCCCUAACGACCCGAAACACACAGUUCUAACAUCUGAAUUAGAUCAACAUCUAACAAAGUGUAAUUCACGUAUUCAAGAACAUCCUUGGCUUGAGGAAUUCGUUAACCAGUCGAUAAAGUCGUCAUUGACCCCCGAAUUUGUCAGACCAACAGCGGCUGAAGUGGGCGAGGUUAUCAAAAAGGUGAAUGAAAUUUACAAUGAAAUCAAAGAAUGUUUUGAAGUGCCUAUAGACCCCGAUUUCCAAUACGAGGACAUCCGUGAGGCUGCUGAUGUUUUGAAUGACAAAAAGAAGUUGCAUUUACGACAAAUCGAUUCCAUCAUUGGUAAGGAUUUAUAUUUUUUGUCGGAUUUUAGAUUAAAGAUCGUAGAAGAGAUGGAAAAAUUAUGUAGAGUUGUUGCAGGCUGCUUAUCAAGGCAUUCGCUUCUUGAGAAUGUAGAUUCCGAAUGCCUGAUUGACUUGGGAAGCGGAAAAGCUCGACUUGUUUACUGGAUGAGCAAGAAAUUCCCGAAAACCAAGUACCUUCUGGUUGAUCGAAUGGGAGCAAGAAACAAAUUCGAUAGAAAAGCCAUCAAAGAAGACGAUUCAUUGCAAAUUGAGAGGCUCAGAUGUUCUGUAGAGCAUCUAAAACUUGGCCAAGUUCCGUCUCUGCAAGAGUCAAAUAGUGUUGUCGCAGUUUGUAAGCACUUUUGUGGAGCAGCGACGGAUUACGGUAUAAGAUGUUUGUUGAAUGGAGAGAAGGAGGGACUAAGGCUCACUGGAUUUGCUUUGGCACCAUGUUGUCAUCAUAAAUGCGUCAAGGAAGAGGUGAGGAUGUUGUAGUAGGUGUCAGGUAGAAAAAUUUAGAAUUUCGAAAAGUUAAGAUGUCGCAUUAUAAUAGUUUUUCAUCCUGAAACACUCUAAAUGCUCUAUUCUUUCAGUUCGUGGGCAAUGAAUUCCUAAAAGAACACGGAAUCACCUCAGAUUCCCAAUUCUCCGCCCUCCGGCAUGUCUCCACUUGGAAUUGUUGCGGAUUCGAAAACAAAGAAGGCGCAAGCACGGAUAAAACGUAAGUCCUCAUUAUUUGUGACCUUCAGUCUUUAGUGAUGACGAGAGAGAAGAGCUGGGAGUGAGGGCCAAGAGGAUCUUGGAGUACGCUCGAGUGGAAUAUUUACGAUCAGCCGGUUUCGACGUUGAAUUAAUUCAAUAUGUGGACAGAAGGGUCUCCCCGGAGAACUUAUUAAUUGUGGGGAAGAAGCGGAACGAGUAG